ACCGCUGAUUUCCUGCAUAUUUUCAUAAUAUUACGUGUUUGAUUCAUGUUGUUACCCUAUUUAUUCUAACCAUUUAAGGUCAGCAGUUGCGAGAACAUUAUGUCCAACAUAUCCAAGAGGAGGCGAGAAGGAUCGCGGUCCAAGAUCAAGAGUAUGGGAGACCACAAAGAGUUUCUGAACCGCAUCACAAAAACCCUCUACUACGGUGAACUGCCCUUGCACCCCUGUCUGAGUCUCCCCGUCACUGAGGUAUCGUGCGCGUUGUGGUCGGCCGCACAGCAGGGUCGGUCGCUGAGACGAUUACACGGCGACGCGGCCGCGCGGCUCGCGUACGACGCGCGCGUGUCCCCGUGCGCGCUCGUGCUGGCCCUGCUAUACUUGGAGAGGCUGCGACACCGCAACCCCGCGUAUGUCGCCGCCGCCGCGCCCGCUGACCUCUUCCUCGUGUCGCUGAUGGUUGGCAACAAGUUCCUUCAAGACGACGGCGAGGACGCAGAGACGUUAGUGGCGGAGUGGGCGGCCGCCGGCGGGCUCACACCCGCGGACCUCAAGCGGCUCGAGAUAGACUUCCUAAAUGCUAUUGAAUGGAACGUAUACGUAAACAACGAGAGCUUCGAAUCGGGCCUAUCCUGGCUUGAAAGUCAAGUGGCGUUAAAGCAAGCGAAAGAACGGGGGUUCUUCACGUAUAGCGACUUAGCGGCCGCAGGGGGAGACGCAGGUGUGGCGGUGGCGGGUGCCGCGGCGGCCGCCGUAGCCCUCGCCUACGUGGCCGCCCUCAGCGCCCUCGUCACCUCCGCUCUCCUGGUCUCAUACACCCUACCUCUCCUGCAGCUCACGCGCGCCACAUUAUUGUCCACCCCGCACACUCUAGAACCGUCUCUAAACGCGACCGUCGACUUUGCUGACCCGCCUCGCUGCUGCACCGACUGGCUCGACUAUCGUUCCGCUAUAAAUGCCCCCCCGGUUUAUACCCCCAAUUUACAUGAACCGUGGUUUAAAAUAGAGACCGAUUUCACUUGGUACCGCAGCUCUUUAGUAGACCCGCUUCAAAAAUGGCUGAAAAAGCUGGACGAAUAUGCUGAUGAAUAUAUUUUUCAAUCUAGAGAGUGCUCGGGUUAUCAGCCCGCGAUGCAACCGCGCUGCGUGCGCCAAUGGCUCAAUCUUAGCAAGCUAGGGGGUCUUGUGGUCAUAUCGGACCGAUAAUAUUUUAAUAUUUAAAGCUCAGUCACAGAAAACACUAUGAUUACUGUCUCUUUCUGGUUUACCAAAAUAAAGUGACCGUAGUAACCUUUUGAACGCCACAAGUCUGAAACAAAAAUGUCAUUCACACGCUAACAUUACUUAAAUAAAGUCAUGAAGGUUGUAUUUAUAACGUACGUCAUACCGCUCGUUAAGCGUUCUUGGCGUCUAAAAGGUUUGCGUGUUUCUGCGAUUGAGCAAACUAAUCGCUCACGCUUCUGUCCUUUACAUUAUUUAUAAUAAGAAAUCGCUCAAUAGCUUAUUUUCGUUGUUGAACAAAGCAAUAAUUGUUUUCGGUUUAAUUUUAGUUUGUCUGUGUGAGCCUCCGUUUACGUUUGACGUCGCCCCAUGGUAUAAUAAUAUACUCCGCCUGGUACUCUCUUCCGACAACGUGACUGACACAACGACACAAGCCUACGUCAUCAUGCGACAGCGCUAUACCUAUAAUAGUAUGCAAUAGCGCUAUACAAAGUGGCAAUGUUAUUGUGACGUAGGCUUGUGUCACGCUGGGAAGAGAAGACCAUGUUUUAUUAGACUAUGACGUGGCCCGUAUUUGUUAAUACACUAUUAGGUCGUGUUCAGAAAGAAUGCGAUUAAUGUUGAUACCCAUAUCUCAUACAUAGCUAAUGUAUAGAUUGAUCAAUUUACAAGUUUUGACGUUAGAAGUCUAUGAAAAUAUUGGUACAAAUCUCAUGAAAACUCACAUGAAUCGAAUUAGCUUAUGACAGAUACUGCGUACAGUACACUCACUGUUUGACAAAACUAAUGUUUGACAGCUGAAGGUCACGAAUGUAGCUGUCCCUUUCUAACGUAUAGGUUCUACGGCUGUCUAGGGUUGCCAAAUGUGCAAAAUUCGGCUCUUUGUGAUUACAUAAAAUAAAUACAAACAUAAAGUUGCUAAGUAAUCGUAAUAUUGUGUCCGUUUCAUUAGUUACCAAAUUGCAUUAGAUAUUUUGUAAGAAGGGUUUUUGAGAUUGUAGAUAAUCUUGUCAAAUUGUAAAUAAAACGUAAUAUUUUUGUAUGUCGUUCUUGGUGGUGUAACUGCAAACUAAAAAAUAAACUACUUCUGCAAUAUAA